UUCGGGCUCGGCGGCGCGGGGGCCGUGAGGGGGACGCGGACGUGGACAGGAUGGCGGCCUGCCUGGCGUCCCGGCUCCUCCGGGCCUCUCCACGACGCUGGCUGGCAGCCCGCGUGCUCUGGGCCCCCGGGGAGCGGAGCCCGCGCCCCCGCAGCCCUCACGAGGCGGGCAGGGGCUGCUGCUCCGCCUCGGGCGCCCCUGAGCUGACGCUGACCCCGCAGCGCUACGCCGUGCAGCGGCUGCCGUUCUCGGCGGUGUCUGAGCAGGACCUGGCCGCCUUUGAACGCAUCGUCCCGGGCAGGGUGGUCACAGACCCAGACGAGCUGCAGGCUUUCAACGUGGACUGGCUGAGGAUGGUCCGAGGCAGCAGCCAGGUGCUGCUGAGGCCACGGACGACAGAGGAGGUGUCCCGCAUCCUCAGGCACUGCCAUGAGAGGAACCUGGCUGUGAACCCACAGGGGGGCAACACAGGCAUGGUGGGGGGCAGUGUCCCCGUCUUUGAUGAGGUCAUCCUGUCCACUGCCCUCAUGAACCAGAUCAUCAGUUUCCACAGCGUGUCUGGGAUCCUGGUGUGCCAGGCGGGCUGCGUCCUGGAGGAGCUGAGCCAGUACGUGGAGGCGCGAGACUUCAUCAUGCCGCUGGACUUGGGAGCCAAGGGCAGCUGCCACAUUGGAGGGAAUGUGGCAACCAACGCAGGCGGCCUGCGGUUUCUGCGUUACGGCUCGCUGCGUGGGACCGUGCUGGGCCUGGAGGUGGUGCUGGUGGACGGCACUGUCCUGGACUGCCUGACCACCCUGAGGAAGGACAACACGGGCUACGACCUGAAGCAGCUCUUCAUUGGGUCAGAAGGCACGCUGGGGGUCAUCACUGCCGUGUCCAUCUUGUGUCCACCCAAGCCCAAGGCUGUGAAUGUGGCGUUCCUGGGCUGCCCAGGCUUUGCUGAGGUCUUGCAGACCCUCAGCACCUGCAGGGGGAUGCUGGGCGAGAUCCUGUCUGCCUUCGAGUUCAUGGAUGCUCAGUGCAUGAAGCUGGUUGGGCAGCACCUUGGCCUGGCCAGCCCGGUACAAGACAGUCCAUUCUACGUCCUGGUCGAGACCGCUGGCUCCGGUGCAGGACACGAUGCCGAGAAGCUGGGCCACUUCCUGGAACAUGUGCUGGGCUCCGGCCUGGUGACUGACGGAACCAUGGCCACUGACCAGAGGAAGAUCCAGACGCUCUGGGCUCUGAGAGAGAGGAUUACAGAAGCGCUCAGCUGCGAUGGCUACGUGUAUAAGUACGACCUCUCGCUGCCCGUGGAGCGGCUCUACGACAUUGUGAUCGACGUGCGCGCCCGGCUUGGUCCAAAUGCCAAGAAUGUGGUGGGCUAUGGCCACCUGGGGGAUGGCAACCUGCACCUCAACGUGACAGCGGAGGCCUUCAGUGCCUCGCUCCUGAGCUCCCUGGAGCCCUACGUGUACGCGUGGACGGCUGAGCAGAGGGGCAGCGUGAGCGCCGAGCACGGCCUGGGCUUCAAGAAGAAGGACGUCCUUGGCUACAGCAAGCCGCCCGCCGCUGUGCAGCUCAUGCAGCAGCUCAAGGCCCUGCUGGACCCCAAGGGCAUCCUGAACCCCUACAAGGUGCUGCCCACCCAGGCCUGACGGGAGCCCCUGCCCUGCUGCCGGGAGUGGGAGGGGCCAAGCAUCCCGGCUCUUGGGACCCUCCGAGGGCUGCUGUGCCAUCCCGAGAGGCUUCCCCAGUACCCCCGGUCCUGCCUCCUGGACAGGCCAGGUGGGCAGGCAGCCGUCUGCCCUGUGUGCCCGCCAGGAUGUUGGCCGCACCGCCUCAGGCGUCCUCGCUGGCUGCCCCUGGACAGUCUGGGAGGAUGAACGUGCGCUUUCUCUUUCUGGCUCUUACGAAUUUCCAGUAAAAAUGUGAAUUGA